UCGUCUUUAGGUUUUGAGCUCGGUCGUUUCUUCUUUUGCUUCUCUAUUCGACCUCCGGAGAGAAACACAGAGAGAGGGAGAGACGGCUCUGGAUUGUCGGCCUAAGGCGAAGAACGACUUCGCACCAGGCAUGGCCUCUCCCGAAGCUCCACUCUGCUAUGUCGGCGUUGCCAGACAAUCUGCUGCUUUCCGCCUCAUGAAACAAAUGGGAUGGGAAGAAGGAGAAGGGCUCGGGAAAGACAAGCAAGGAAUCAAAGGACACGUUAGAGUAAAGAACAAACAGGACACUACUGGUAUUGGUGUAGAGAAGCCAAACAAUUGGGCAUUUGAUACCACACAAUUUGACAAUAUCCUCAAAAGUUUGAAAGUGCAAGCUGUACAAUCCAACAAUGAAGUAGGUAUUGAGAGGAACUCGGCUGAAGUAGGCACUGAGAACGAUGCAUCUGACGAUCUUCAGGUUCCAGUCGUGAAGGCUACUCGACCACAGGGAAGAUAUAAAAAGAGAGAGAGAGGAAAGCUUGUGCAUGCAUAUUCUUCUAAGGAUCUUGAAGGAAUUCUUGUCAAAAAGGCUGAGGAGUCUCCAGGAUCAAAUCCUGGUCUAGAUGGUGAAUUUGAAUUGGCAAAGCCAGAGGAAAUCCAAUUUUUCUAUAGUGAAGGAGACAAAGCUGAAGGUGUUUCUCCAGAAUGGUGGGGUCAUAACUAUGGGUUUGUCUCGGGAGGUUUCCUUGGAGCAGAGUCUAUGAGAAAGAAAUCUCUGAUAACUGAUAAUUCUCAAACCUGUGGCGAGAGAACUGUAUUUUUUGAAGAUGAUCAGGAGAAACUAUAUAAUCUUGUCCAAGAUAAAGCCACGACUGGAAAGCAAGGACUAGGUAUUAGGGACCGGCCGAAAAAAGUAGCGGGUUGCCACUUUCAGGGGAAAAGGACAUCAUUUAGUGAUAAUGAGAAUGAAGAUUCUACAGAUCAUGGUUAUUCAGCUAAACGAAAACGUGGCGACUCAUCAGAAGAGGAAAGGACCAAUGAACCCAAAGUGAAGUUGAAGAAGCUGUGCAAAAAGCUUCUUCGACAGGUACCUGGAGAGUCAUUGAAGCUGAAACAGCUGAAACUUCUUAUUGAUGAGCAUUCAUCUUCUGUUUUUUCGAACUUCUCUUCAAGGAGAGAUGCUCUAGCAUACCUGAAACAAAAGAUACAAGGUAGUCAGAAGUUUCAUGUGGAAGGAAAAAGAGUGAGUCUUACAUCGAGGACAGGCUGAAGUAUUUUGGUACAAAUUUUUGGCGUUACUGCAGCACCAGUAGGAAGAGUUUACAUUUAGAAGGAGAAAGUGAGUUUAUUUUUGUUAUUGGUAUAUUCUUUUCCGGGGAAUUUGAGUUGGCCAUACCGAUCCGUGUAUUGCAGCUGAGGCUAGCUUAUGGGUUAUUUAGGAUGACGCCCUUGCUAGAUCUGUUGUGAUAAUUAGAUGGAGAUAUUUUUGGAUAAUUUAUCCUUUCAUUGUUUCGCUGGAAUGUAAUAUUGGUCAGCAUCAUUAUUUGGGUGAGGCUUGCACAAAAUUACGGUGUUGGUAUCUCACUUGUAUUGGCAGAUUUGAAUAUAUAAUACAAUGAACCUACAAAGUCGGCAAUAA